AUCAAAUCUUUCAUAAUGCCCUACCUCCCAGAUGACGCAAGACAAAAAAGUCUACACCAUAUACAAUAGAUCUUACUAAUGUGGGCGAUGAAAUGGCACAAGUGUCCACUAAUGUGCAAAACCAGGAGAAUGAAAAAGAAAUUCAAGCAGUGUUGACGUCUCAGCUGAGCACAAGGCAAAUCCACUGGAUCGCUUACUGAAUGCCUCUCUAAAUGGAAUUAAGUUAGGUGAUCAAAUGCUAGAAUUUGGACCAAACAAAGUGACCCUUCCAGAUUUAUGGACCCUCAUUCCACCAAAUGAGAUGACUAAAUAUGCUGCCACACUAAUUGAAAAUAAAACUGUGGCACCUGGAUGGCUUAGUGAUACAGUUAUCAACGCUUUCUUAUGGAAACUUUCAUGUGAAUAUCCUGGUGUCCUACCAGCAGAAUCAUAUGUAUGUCAGUUGGUGCAACGAGGAUCUAGUACAUGUCGACUGUGGGCAGAUCAAAAUUUCAUGGCAAUUGACACAAUAAUAUUUCCUUUCAAUAUGUCUGGGAGCCAUUGGACACUUUUGGUAAUCGACAAACAAAAAGAGAUGGUAUACUACCUUGAUCCUAUGGAAGGUCAUGUAGAAGAAGUUAUCAGUGAGACAACAAGAGUUGAACUUUCACAGUUUAUCAAAAGCAUUUGUGCCCUUGUUGAUCUAAAAAGUGGGUGGAACACAUCAACUUGGUCUAUUAUUCAGCCAUCACACUAUGUGCAAGAGGAUGGGUUUAACUGUGGAAUAAUUAUUUGCCUGUUUGCUGAAUAUCUGAGUCAAAAUCUUGACAUAAAUGCAAAGUUUGACAUGAGAAAAGUGAGGCAGCAUGUGACUUCAACGAUUAUGGGUUCUUGCUAUGAUGACAUUUAUGAGAGAAAUAGUUUGGUAUGCAAGAUUUGCAAGAUAGAUGAUGGUGAAGACUGGUUGGGAUGUGAUUCAUGUGGGCAGUACUUUCGUGCAAGUUGUUUGAAUGUUGACUUUGGACAAACUCUGACAGAGUACUUUGCUUGCCCAUAAUCAGACAUGACAAUCGUAUAAUAAUACAAAACAUAAAUUGUAAGAUUUAAAAGUGCCGAAUAAAAAAGACUUACCGAUUAGAA